UUUUAUCUUACAUAUUUGUAUUUAUAUUUGAAAGUAUGCGUGCAGUUUGGAUAGAGGUACUGCAUGUAUAGAUAAUGUAUAUUUUGCUCUAGGAGUGGCUUGGGGUGUUGUCCUUGGACCGUUGCUGGUUUCUGUUUUCCCAGAAACUCGCUCUCAAGCUGACUUGUUCCAACAAAGCCUGCUCGGGCUGUGCCCUCUCUCCUUAAUGCCUCCGACCAUAUGCAAAAAUAUGCAGAUUUCUAUCCCUUCCUGCCUCCAAGGAAUGGGAUUGCCAGGCAAAUGCAUGCAAGGGGAAAAAUGCAAAGAAAAAGGUGCAAUUAAGCUGUCAAAAAUAGGUGGGUUUGCGAUUAAGCUAUCCCCCAAAGGUGUUGCCAUUAAGCAAUCAGAAAAUAGGUGCUUGGGAAAUUAAAUUAUCCAAAAAAAGGUGUUUCUCCAAUCAAGCAAUCAAAAAGGAGGUUCUUGCAAUCAAGCUAUCCAAAAUAAGUCUUGCAAUUAAGUUAUCUGAAUGCAGGUUUUUACAAAAAAAAAAAAAAAAAAACACUUUUUAAUUUUAUUUUAUUUUAUUUUUUUGCAAGCUAUGGUCAGGAUGGAGGCAGAGCCUUGUGCAGCCUUUGUUGUUGUGGUGUUUUUUUUCUUUCUUUUUUUUUUUUUUUAGCGUUGUGCAGGAAGAGAAAUGUAAAAGCGGUUCUGACUGCUCACCGCAGAAAAUCGAGUACAAAACUUUCCAUGAGGUCAAUGAGAUCUGAAGGCAGAGUAACAACGAACAGCAAAAUGGACUGGUGGUGCUUUUUCCCCAGUCCUAGGAAUUGCCAGUUGCUCCAUGCAGUGGAGGCUAGGUCAAGCUGGCAUAAGAAAAUAAAAUUAAACAUCAAGAUAAUACAUAUACAUAUAUAAAUUUGCUGCAGAAAAUAGGCAAGGAAAAAAAAAAACCCCUCUCUGCCUCUUCUGGUGCAAAAGUUAUGGGAUAAAUUACUUGGCAUGGAAGAAAAAGUGAUAAAUUAAAAUCAAAACCAUCCCCUUCCAGCUUUUGGGUUACACGCAACCGAUGCCCAAGCCGUAUUCCAGGGAAGACCCACCAAAUAUCACCUUUCUCCUCCUUCCCUGACUAUCCGCUGGUACGCGUUGGCCUGCCCCCCGUUAAAAAAAACUUAUUUAAGGGCUUUUAUUUUGUCUUUUGUCACCGCUCUGCUCUCCUGGCAGCUCAGCACCGCAGUGCUUGCUGCGAUUGCUAAAGCCAAAAGGUGUUUCUGCACCUCCAGAGGUGCGACCUCCUCCUGCCUCGAGGCCGUCUGCCUACCUGCCAGCCUUCAGUUGAAGGGAAAAGGCUGUAGGAUAUAUCUAUAUACCUAUAAAAAAAAAAAAAAGAUGAAAAAAAGCCAUUUCCUGGCACUGGACGCAGGCGCAAGAAGGUUGGUCAUAACGCAAAGGUUGCCCGGGGACUUUGCCACUCCUGGGACGCUUCUGCAGGCUGGCGAGCUGGCCAUGGCUGGGGAAAUUAUUUACGCCGAUUUAAGGCAGCUCGGAGGGGGCCCUUCGCCUGCCGAAAGGCGUCACACUCCCGCUGCAUGCCCACGGUGGCACGGAGUCCUCCUGAAGCUGAGCGGGCUGGGCUACCUGGUGCUGCUGGUGCUGGUGGCGGUGCUCAGCGUGCAGGUUUUUCAGAAGGCGCCGACGCCUCCGAGCGCUCCGCAGAACACGAGCGAGGCCAGGGGAAGGAGCAGGAUGGAGGCGUGCCUGAUUCCCUCUCUGCUGCGCUACGUCUGCCGCUGGAAUGGCUCCGCAGGCCACGGGGGCUGCAAGCUGUGCCCCCAGUCUUGGCAGCUUUCUGGGGACCAGUGCUACCAGGUUCCCAAGUCGACUGGGACUUGGAUGCAAGGCAAAAAAGACUGCGAAAGUCGGGGGUCCCAUCUGGCCAUGCUCCGAAACACCGCCGAUAUGGAGCACUUAAAUGAGGGAAUCCAGCAGGGCAGCAAGGGGAAGCUAAUUGUGUGGAUCGGAUUAAAGGCAUCCAACAACACAUGGAAAUGGGUGGACAACUCCUCCUUCGACGCCACCACGUUCGGUUCCCUUCGGAAUGUGGCGAAUGGCUGCGCGACCUUCGUAGACAAGAAGCUGGAUUACGAAGGCUGUGAAAGUGACCACAAUUGGGUUUGCCAGAAAGAACCUUUCCAUCUCCUUUCAAAGACUGCAGGAGACGGAGACCUGUGCAGUGCCUGCACCGAAAAGCCCAGCCUGCAGGAUUCUUGCUGCUAAUAUUUGGGCUGAAGCCCACCCUCCUCGUUACGGCUCUGCGAGGAAUUUCAGGGUUUGAACCCAACCAAGCACAACCGAGAGUAUUAGUGUAGGCUCUGGUGCAAUUAGCUUCCAAUUUAUAUUUUUUUUUAUUAAAAAAUCCAUCCAAAUAUGUACAUCCAUACUGUAUCUAUUCAAUCUUACCUUGUCCUCCUUUCAAUAGGAAGUGUAUAGUAAAAAAAUAGCAUAACUCCAUAGCAUAUCAGAUUCGCAGGUUUCAGGUUUAUCGUUAAAAACAUGGCUUUUGCAAGUGUAGA